UGUGAAAAGUGUGUUUUCAGACAGCCCCUUGUGUUGUUUAUGUUUUUAUGUUUUUGUAUAUUCGUCUGACAACCGGUCGUAUGAAAGUGUGAUUUUACACGAUAAUCGUUUGACAUUGGUGAAAAUUUUGUGUACUUGCGACCAUGGGAGUUACAAUAGUCCAACACUACCCAAUGACAGAAAAUCGGACGGGACCACAAGUAAUCGAGUUCCUUACUAAGCGAGUACAUGCAAUGGGAGCGGCUCAGGCUGGACCUUUCCUUGUUGAUUGCGAGACCUACAACUCCGCUCCUGCUUUUGGUCCUCCCCGAACCGUUCACCUUCUCAACAAUUCCGAACAGCCCGCCACCGUGUUCAGCAUCCUGGAGUCGGGGCAGAAGCAAGUGCCUCUCGUCUCGGAUCCGCUCUUCAUGGACCUGAUGAAGAAAUUGGGAUCGGUAUACACCUGCAAACAGCAAACGCGGAUGGAGGCCAAGGGUCCCCGCUUCGAGGUAGCCGACUUUCUCGUCAAGCUGGGCACUGUCACCAUGAACGCCAACUUCAAGGGCGUGCUCGUCGAAGUCGAGUACAGACCCUGCCUCGUCCCUGCCGCCUGCUGGGAACUGCUUAGGGAGUUCAUGCAGGGCUUCCUGGGUACCUGUGUUCCGAACCAGCCUCCGAGUUACCUCCAGAACCGAAUGCAAGAUAUUUAUCAACCCUUGGACACUAUUCAACAGUAUCUCGAUCAAUUUCGGGAAUACAGGAAAGCAGUCACAGUACGCUAAGAAUUCUCUGAAAUAAUUUAUAAUUUUUCCACUGUAUGAUAUUAAAUCAAAAUAAUUGUCUAGUAUAUAAGUUGAAAUAUAAACAUCAGAAGUAUGUGAAAUAA